AUGGGAGGAUCAAGCGAUCAAGUUCACAGUACUAGACGUUCACCGGCGGUAGCCAAUGAUGGCGACACAUGGGAGAACCGUGGCCGUGUUGCCAGAAACAUAUCAUCAGAUGCUAUAAUCAAUCUAGACCAUGGGGAUCCAACAAUGUAUGAAUCCUUUUGGAGAAAAAUGGGGGACAAGUGUACGAUCGUGAUAAAAGGACAUGAAUGUUUGAGUUACUUUUCAAACCCUAAGAACCCAUGUUGGUUUCUUGAACCAACACUUGAGGAAUCUAUCAAGAAUUUGCAUGGUGCAGUUGGCAAUGUAGUAACCGAUGGUUACUCCAUUGUAGUUGGGACCGGUUCAAGCCAGCUUUUUCAAGCUGUGCUUUAUGCGGUCACUUCACAUGACCAACCUAAUCAAAUGAGUGUUGUUUCUGCUACUCCUUACUAUUCGUCUUACCAGGAAAUUACGGAUUUGGUCAAGUCAGGGCUAUACAGAUGGGGAGGUGAUGCACAUGAGUUUGAUAAGGAUGAGCCUUGUAUCGAAGUUGUGACUUCACCUAACAAUCCUAAUGGUGUGAUCCGUGGAGCCGUGGUGAAUCGUGAGGGUGGGAUCUUGAUCCAUGAUCUUGCAUACUAUUGGCCUCAUUACACUCCUAUCACUUCUUCAUUAGCCUCUGAUAUCAUGCUAUUUACUGCUUCCAAAUGCACUGGGCAUGCUGGUUCAAGAAUUGGAUGGGCACUUGUGAAAGAUAAAGAAGUGGCAAAGAAGAUGACAAAGUAUAUGGAAGUGAAUACAAUUGGGGUAUCAAAAGAAUCACAACUCCGGAUUGCAAAGAUCUUGCAAGUUGUGGCUGAUGGAUGCAAACAUUCUGGUGGUGAUGAUAACUUCUUUGAAUUCGCGCAAGAUUUGAUGUCGAAAAGAUGGGAUAUGUUAAGGGAAACAGUUAAAAAGGCACAAAUGUUUACUCUACCCAAAUACCCUCUUGAUCAGCAUUGCAAUUACUUCGGACGUAUCACUCAAGCAUAUCCAGCUUUUGCAUGGAUCAAGUGCAAGGAAGGGAUUGACUGUGAGAAGUUAUUUAGAGACUACAAGAUCUUGACAAGGAGUGGAAGGCGAUUCGGUUCGGAACCCGAGUAUGUAAGGGUUAGCAUGUUGAGCAAGGAAGAAGAUUUCAAUGUGUUCAUUGAUAGGCUUUCUAUGAUUCAAAGCUUCAACAAUGGUGAAGAAAAUGCCAAUUAAUGGCAAUAUGGAAAUGCAUGGGAAUCUUGGUGAAAGUUAAUCUAAAAAAACUAUAUACCAAUGGAUUAAAUUAAGGUUAUAUGUAGAUCCAAUAUAGCAUGAGAUGUUUGACUAGUGAGCCAUCCUCUUCAAAUAUGUAGU